AUGGUUAAAAUAAAUACAAUAUGUAGAUCAAAUAACGAUUAUAUCCGUGAAACAAAAUAUGAUAUUAAUAAAGUUUAAAGAAAUACAUCUUCAAAUUUACAUUAAUUUUAAAAAGCAAGAGAAUACCAAAGAACUAAAGUAGCCACAAAGUUAGAUAAAAUAUUCGCUAAGCCAUUCCUUGGAUAAUUAACAGGACAUUCUGAUGCCAUUUCAGUAAUAACAAAAUGUCCGUCAAGUUUAACAAAAGUACUUUCAGGCACUUAUGAUGGAGAACUAAGAGCUUGGGAUGUUGCGGACCGAAAAUCUUUAUUUUCAAUAAACGCUCAUAAAUUAUAAGUAAAGGGUGUUUCAUUUUCAAGAGAUGGCCAUAGAUUCGUAUCAAGUGGUGCUGAUAACAUAGUAAGUUUAUACGAUUUUAAAGAUACAUUAAAUAAUCCAAAAAUUUAACCAUUAAACACUUUUUAUAGCAAAAAUGUACUAGGAAAUGUUGAUCAUUGUUGGAAAGGCGAUAUAUUUGCAACAAGUGGAAGUGUAAUAUAAAUAUGGAAUUAUGAACGUUCUAAGCCAAUAUAAACAUACGAAUGGGGUGUAGAUACAAUUUUGAAGAUAAAAUACAAUCCAGCUUAAAUUAAUUUACUUGCAGGGACAGGAAUUGACAGAAGUAUUAUAAUAUAUGAUACUAGGGGAGAAUCGGGUGUAUAAAAAGUUUAUUUGUAAAAUAAGUGUUAGAGUAUCUGUUGGAAUCCUACUGAACCAAUUAAUUUUGUUGUAGGAUGUGAUGAUGGGAAUUGUUAUAGUUUUGAUAUGAGAAAAAUGGAGAGUGCAAAAAUGAUUCAUAAAGACCAUAUUGGGGCAGUUAUGGAUGUCGAUAUUGCGCCUACGGGAAGAAAGUUUGUUUCUGGAAGUUAUGAUAAAACUGUAAGAAUUUUUGAUAUUGAAAAAGGAAGAAGUGAAGAAGUUUAUCAUGGAUAAAGAAUGUAGUAAGUACUUGCUGUUGCAUGGUCAAUGGAUAAUGAAUUUAUUCUGUCAGGAUCAGAUGAUAUGAAUAUUAGAAUAUGGAAAAGUAAUGCCAGUAAACCGAUUGGAUUAAUCAAUUAAAGACAUUAAAAUACACUUAAUUAUAGAGAAGCACUUAAAGAUAAAUUCUAGUAUAAUAACGAUAUUAAAAAAAUUAGAAAACAUAGGCAUUUACCUAAAUAUAUUAUAAAUGCUAAGAAUAGAAAAUAGGAAUAAAAAUAAUCUAAAUUUAGAAAAGCUACUAAUAUGGAACUUAAUAAUGCUAAAAAGGAGAAACAAAAACCAGAAAGAUUACAAAAAGUAGAAAAAGUAGAAAAUUAAUGA